GCGGGUUCUCAGCCAUUAUAAGGAGUUAACGACUGAUAAAGAUGGAGGUGGCAGCGCGAGACGGAGGGUGAAGAUAUCCACGCGGUGGACUAACAAAAGAGGCGCUGCGAGCGACAGCGACACCAACGUGCUUAAUGUCAGCGAAAAUAUUUGUGAGCUCGUCACUGGCUACAGAAACGGUUUUGGAUGACGAUUGGUUAAAAGUAGUGUAGUGGUUUUUGAUUGAUUGAAAUGUGCACCAAAUUGUUUUCUAGCGGCAUGAAAGGCCUCAAUCUCGGUGGCGUCGUGGAGUUCUGCCGCGUGCUGACGCGUCAACCACAGCUUUUGCUGCCGCAGCUCUCCGUGAAAGGUAAGCUCCACCAUCUCUUCCUAUUGUGUGCGCAGAAUCGCUGCUGAAUAAGCAAGUAUGCAUUUUGUAAAAAAUUGUUGCGAUUGUGUGUAUUCCUGCUCUUUAUGCUAUUCAGAUGUUACGGAGGUGCCCUUCCAGACUCUUCGAGACCGCGGAUUCCGCGGCGUCAUUUUUGACAAGGAUAAUACGUUGACCGUACCGCACAAACUGGAGAUCGCUCCUCAUUUGGCGCCGUCAUUGGAAGAAUGCCGUCGGGUUUUCGGAGACUCAGGCGUCGUGAUUUUCUCCAACUCGGCUGGUUCAACGGACGACAAGGAUGGAGUCGAAGCCAAGAAAAUCGAAGAGGAGUUACAAGUUGCGGUGCUUCGUCACAAUCAAAAGAAACCAGGAGGAAUUACAUUCGUAAAGAAGCACUUCGGUGAAGUGGAUCCACAAACACUUGUGGUGAUUGGCGAUCGGUACUCGACGGAUGUGCUAUUUGGCAACCUCAAUGGUUUGCUUACGAUCCGAACAGAGCAAUUCACUCCUGAGAGUGAAAAUGUGGUGAACCGGCAGCUGCAACGCAUCGAAAAGGCGGCUGUGCGAAUGCUGGUACGCGCUGGAGUGAAGCCACCAACACAUCCGCUGUGGAAAAUUAUCGAGAACAAGGACGACGAGUAAAUAGUAUACACGGAACGAUCGUCCUUGCGGUUCUUUUAGAGAUAUGCUAGUUCUAUAGCAGAUGAAUUGUACAAGGCAUCACAGCUGCAGAUGAUUAAACGAUUAUGGGCUUACCACGUAGUGCUACACUGUGGUGAAUGUGUCUAUUGUCGUAGGUUCCUGCUCACGAACACCAAUUUCAAGCUCCUGAAGCUUACGCUGCUCUUCCUCUAAUAGCUGCUCGAGGCGAAGCUGACGUU